AACAACCGUCCUGUUCCACAGACAAAAGUCGAGAUUUGUCUUGGGGACACAUCGUGUGGCACUGCAAAAAUGACCCAAAUCCUUUUCGUAUUUGCUUGGCUAGGUUUUAACUGAGCCGUAACAUGCUUUAAACGCUGCUGUUAGAUCUCAGAAAAGAAUAAUGAAAACUCGGGAUUCGCCACCCGUUCACGUUCACGUACCGGAGACAACACCUGUACAUGUUCAUAUGAGGAGGAGUCCUAGCAAACCUCCGCAGAAUCAGGCGAAAGAUGAUGCAAGAAGAGAUGGAGGGAGGCCAAAGUCCCGGACGCCUUGGAUUCCUCCGGGAAGACUGUCCUGCAGAAGAGACGUGGGCUCCUACACACCUCAGACAAGCAGAGUGAUGCAUCAGUCAGACCGAAGGAGCAGACAUCAGAGAGAUGCAGAGGAGCAGGAGGAAGAGCUGGCUGGAGUAUCUCAGAACCUCAGUAUCCUGCUAAGAGAGCAAGAAAACCUCCGUCGCUCAAAGAUAUUGGAUGCUCGAGACCAACACAGAGAUACAGACGUGCUCCUGAGGGCGCUAGUAGAAGCAGAAAUAGAUGGCGUAGCUGUAUCUAAUCAGCUGACAGCCCUGAAGGAAGCAAUCGACAGCCUCUCUAAAGGUAAACGGACGUCGAGCUUGCACGCAGCCUCGCUGGGACGACAGCAGGAGCUGCUGAUGGAGAAGAUUGAGAUGUUUGUCAACUCAAAUCACAGCCUGCGAGACCUCCUCAGAGAGUGGAGUGAGCUGGAGAGAGAAUUGCUGGUGUCCUUGGGACAGAAAGAGGCCUUCAGAAAGAGACUGGCUGACAGUGAAGCAGAAAACAUUAGGCUUUUGGCCAAACUCGCCAACAAAGAGAAGGAGGUCUCUGAGCUUGCUGUGCAUCUGGACUUUGAAAAGGACAACAUUAAGACAACCGAGGAGCUUUCCCAAAUCCUGGAGUCCACCUGCAGCCACCUGAAGUCCCAGCUGAACCACAAGGAGGUGGAAAAGGCUCAGCUGGCUGCUCAGAUUCAGAGCAUGCAGCAGAGCCACAAGCAGAAGCAGGAGGAGCUCCAGGUUCUGCAGGAGGAGCUGCAGAAUCUGAGGCAGCAAAGGAAGGACGAGGAGGCGAGACAGGACCAGGAGACUCUGUCUCUGCUCACAAACCGGGCCGAGCAAGCCGAGGAGUCCGCCAGGCAACUCUCCCAGAAACUUCAGGAGAAGGAAUCCAAGCUGUGUCAAGCUUUGUCCACAUCCAGUGACUGGUGUCUCCGCCAUUCCAAGGAAGCAGCUGCUAAAGGUCAGCUGGAGGAGGAGAUCUCUGCUCUCAGACUUCAGGUGACCGAACUGAACUCACAGCUUCAGUCCAUGAGGGAGAAGAGUCGGGUGGAGAGGGAGGAGCUCAGAAACCAGCUUCACCAACUCAGCGCUGAGAACGCCUCCACCAAGCUGGAUAACCAAAGACUCCAGAGUGAGCUGACGUCAUCUGAGGAGAAGUUCAGAGGACUUCACUCUGAAGCUCGUCAGCUGAAAUCCUUGAUCAGAAAGUAUGAAAACCUGGUGGAGAAAAACAAGAAGAAGGUCCAUCAGGCUCGUCUGGAAGCGGAGGAAUACUGCCUGAAGCUGGAAGUUUUCCAGAAGGAGGCAGAGGAGGUGAAGGUGAGCCUGGAGAGGGAGAAGGAGGAAGUGAGGCGGGAGCUGCUGGGUCGGCUCAGAGAGCUGGAGACGCUGCCGAACAGACUGAGGAGGACGGAGCAGCAGCUCCGAGAUGUCCAGCAGGAAGCCGACACCCACGAAAGGAGGAACAUGGAGAAUAGCGCCGCUUUGUCCGAAGUCAGACACAAGGUGGAACAACAAGGAACUCAGCUGGAAAUGCUGCAGCAGAGGAACCUUCUGCUGCAGGAGGAAAACAACGUCCUCAAAGAGAAAAUUCACAGCUUAGAAAGGAAGCUCGAGGACACAAACACGGAAAACAAAGAGAUGUCCCGUGAUCUCACCUUAAAGGAAGGCAGUGUCCGCAGCCUACAGCAGCAGCUGGAGGAGAAGUCUCGAGAGUGCAGCGUCUUGUCCAGACAGCUGCAGCAAACUCUGGAUGAUGCGCAGAGACAGGUUGAUGACAGCAUGCAGAGAGUCUUGGCCAAAGAGCGAGUGUCCCAGUCCAAAGCGCUGGACCUGCAGAGUCAGCUGAGUCAGGCCAAAACAGAGCUGAGCCAACUACAACGAAACAAAGAAGAGAUGGAGCGGCGUUUCCAGAGUCAGCUGCAGAACAUGAAGGAGAGGCUGGAGCAGUCGGACUCUACAAACCGCAGUCUGCAGAACUACGUCCACUUUCUCAAAACAUCAUACGGAAAUGUGUUUGGUGACUCUUUACUUGCAAGCUGACUGGCGUUUACCAUCAUUAAAGCUCUGUGGCAGACUCAGAUCACAUUGUAUGCUUUACAUUUAUUCAUUAUGCUGUCUAUAGAGUAAAUAAAACAGAAUUCUCAAAUGAUA